AUGUGUACUGGAUCAGAGUCCACACUGAAGAACUGUGGAUCAUCAGGAUGGGGUAGCACUGACUCUUUUCAUGGAAAAGAUGCCGGAGUCAUCUGCUCAGAAGUGAGGUUGGUUGGAGGUUCUCGCUGCUCUGGGAGAUUAGAGAUAUUUCAUGAGAACAGGUGGGCUUCAGUGUGUGAUUCUGCCUUUGACCAGCAGGAUGCAGAGGUUGUGUGUAGAGAGCUGGACUGUGGGGCUCCUGUUCAGGUUCUGGGAGCAGCUGCUUUUGGCAAAGGAGAGGACAGUAAUAGGGUGAGGUUGGUUGGUGGUAACACUCCCUGUGCUGGAAGAGUGGAGGUUCUUCAUAGAGGACAGUGGGGAACAGUGUGUGAUAUGUACUGGGAUUUGGCUGAUGCUGCAGUAGUGUGUAGAGAACUGGACUGUGGGGAACCGGUAGAUGCUCUGAGUGGAGCUCAUUUGGGACCAGGAUCAGGACCAAUCUGGAUGAAUGGUGUGUCCUGCAGGGGGUCAGAAUCUACAUUGAAGGACUGUGGUUCAACUGAAUCCCCUGAUCAUUGUUAUAAUCAUAAUAAUAAAGCUGGGGUCAUCUGCUCAGGGGUCAGGCUUGUUGGAGACACUCGCUGCUCUGGGAGAUUAGAGAUAUUUCAUGAGAGCACGUGGGUUUCAGUGUGUGAUUCAGCCUUUGACCAGCAGGAUGCAGAGGUUGUGUGUAGAGAGCUGGACUGUGGGGCUCCUGUACAUGUAUGGGGAGCAGCUGCUUUUGGCAAAGGAGAGGACCGUAAGAGGGUGAGGUUGGUUGGUGGUCAUAAUCCCUGUGCUGGUAGAGUGGAGGUUCUUCAUAAUGGACAGUGGGGAACAGUGUGUGAUGAUUUCUGGGAUAUGGCUGAUGCUGCAGUGGUGUGUAGAGAGCUGGAAUGUGGAGAGCCUGUAGAUGUACUGAGUAAUGAUGAUGAGUCUGAACCAGGAUCAGAACAUAUCUCGAUGAGUAAUGUGAUGUGUACUGGCUCUGAGUCCACCUUAAAGAAAUGUGGUUCAGUAACAUACAAAGAUCAAGGCAAGUGUUCUGAAAAGGAGGCAGGAGUCAUUUGUUCAGGGGUCAGACUUGUUGGAGGUUCUCGCUGCUCUGGGAGAUUAGAGAUAUUUCAUGAGAACACGUGGGCUUCAGUGUGUGAUGCUGCCUUUGACCAGCAGGAUGCAGAGGUUGUGUGUAGAGAGCUGGACUGUGGGGCUCCUGUACAUGUAUGGGGAGCAGCUGCUUUUGGCAAAGGAGAGGGUCAGAUGUGGACAGAAGAGAUUCAGUGUAGAGGCAACGAAUCUCAGAUUCACCUCUGUCCAACAUCGUCUCCACAUAAACACACCUGCUCCCAUGAAAAUGAUGAGGGUCUGCUGUGUGCUAACAUACAGAAUGUGAGACUGGUAAAUGGUAACAGUCGCUGUGCUGGAAGAGUGGAGGUUCUUCAUAGAGAUCAGUGGGGAACAGUAUGUGGUGAAGACUGGGAUAUGGCUGAUGCUGCAGUAGUGUGUAGAGAGCUGGACUGCGGGGAACCUGUAGAUGCUCUUGGAGUGUUUGGUAAACCCUUCUGUGGACACAAUGAUGAUGCUGGAGUCAUCUGCUCAGAGCACAAAGAGUCCAGACUUGUUGAUGGACCUCAUCUGUGUUCUGGGAGAUUAGAGAUACUUGAUGGAAACACGUGGGUUUCAGUGUGUGAUGCUGCCUUUGACCAGCAGGAUGCAGAGAUUGUGUGUAGAGAGCUGGGCUGUGGGGCUCCUGUACAGGUGCUGGGAGCAGCUGCUUUUGGCAAAGGAGAGGGUCAGAUGUGGACAAAAGAAAUUCAGUGUAGAGGCAACGAGUCCCAAAUAUUCUUCUGUCCACAGCAGUCUUCAAGCAAUAAUGGCUGUUCCCAUGACAAUGAUGUUGGGAUUAAAUGUUCUGGUUACACAGCACUAAGACUGGGGAAUGGCUCAGAAUCUUGUUCGGGUCGAGUGGAGCUUCAGUAUCUCAGCAAAUGGGGCACAGUGUGUUUUACAUGCUGGGAUAUGAGAGAUUCAAGUGUCCUCUGUAGACAGCUGAAUUGUGGGAUUGCUGUGUCUGUUGUGGGAUCAGACUGGUUUGGAGAGGGAAGUGGUGAAAUCUGGGCUGAUGUGUUUGAUUGUCAGGGGAAUGAAACACAUUUCUCACAAUGUCCCAUCUCUUCAUGGAUUCGAGCUGAACGUUCUCAUAGUAAAGAUGUUGGAGUCAUUUGCUCUAAUUCAGCUCUGGCUCUUCAUGAUGGGCGAGUGCGGUUGUCUGGAGAGAGAGAGUGUGAGGGGGAAGUGGAAGUUUACAUCCAUCAGGUCUGGAGGAGAGUUCUGCUGGAUUCCUGGAGUCUCACUGAAUCCUCUGUGGUCUGCAGACAGCUGGGCUGUGGCUCUGUGCUGAACUUCUACAGCUCCUCUUCAUCCAGUCCUGAACACAGUCAUGAGUGUGUGAUGGGCUUCCAGUGUUCUGGGAGUGAAGCUCAUCUGGGGAACUGUAGCUCUCCACAAACUCUCAACUGCAGCUCCACACAACAGAUGUCAAUCACCUGCCAUGGUCAUGGGUCCAUCAGGCUGGUGGGUUCUGGAGGAGAUUGUGCAGGGAGGCUUGAGGUUUUUCACAAUGGCUCAUGGGGGACAGUGUGUGAUGACUCCUGGGAUAUUAAAGAUGCCCAUGUGGUGUGCAGACAGCUGCAGUGUGGAGUGGCCCUCAGUAACCAGCAGGUACCAGCCUGGUUUGGUCCUGGUUCUGGACCCAUAUGGCUGGAUGAGGUGAACUGUGAGGGGAAUGAGUCAUCCCUGUGGAACUGCUUGUCUCAGGUCUGGGGAAAACAUGACUGUCAACACAAGGAGGAUGUAGGAGUCAUGUGCUCAGAGUUUAGAGAGAUCAGAUUAACUGAGGGCUGUGAAGGGAAUGUGGAGGUUUUCUACAAUGGAUCGUGGGGUAAUGUAUGCUGGAACCAGAUGGACAGAGACACAGCGAGUCUGAUCUGUCAAGAGCUGAACUGUGGAAGAUCUGGUGUUGAGUCUGAUUCAUCAUCAAGAAUAAAAUCAGCUCAUAACUGGCUAGAUAAAUUGAAAUGUCGACCACAUGACACAAAUCUGUGGCAGUGUCCAUCAUCACCCUGGGGACAGAAUGACUGUGAUGAAGAUGAAGUGGCCCAAAUCACCUGCUCAGAGAAGGAGAGUUUGGAGUCUCCUCGCAGUCAUCUUCCAUGUUCCACCUCACGAUCGUCUCUUCAGAGACAGUGUUCAAAGCAUGUUCCUCUGAGACUGAGUGGAGGGAAGGGCCGGUGCUCUGGGAGGCUGGAGGUGUAUCAUAACGCUGUGUGGGGUUCAGUUUGUGAUGAUCAGUGGGAUAUCAGGGAUGCUCAGGUGGUCUGCAGGCAGCUGGGUUGUGGAGCAGCACUGAGUGCUGAUGGGAAUGCAGCCUUUGGUGCUGGUGAAGGUGUUGUGUGGCUAAACAGAGUCGAGUGCAGAGGGAAUGAGAUUCACCUGUGGGACUGUCCUCUCUCCCUAAAUAACCACACUGACUGCUCACACAAAAAAGACGCUGGACUCACCUGUGCAGAUUUGUCUGUGUCCACGACUCCUGCCACAGCAACAUCAGCUUUUCCUCCAGUUUCACAGACAGAAAGGGGACCAGUGCGAUCAACAUCAAUCCCUCCUCCACAAACUCCUCCAUCAGAUUUUCUCUCCAUCCCUCCAGUGGUUGUGUUUGUUCUGGUAUUUGUGCUCUUACUGAUCUUACUGCCACUCAUUGUACUGAUUCAGCAGAACAGAGUGAUGAGGAGAGCUCUCUCUAAGAGGAGACUCAGGACUCUGUCUGAAACAGUUUAUGAGGAGAUCGAUCACAGGCACACAAACAGACACAGUCACUUCACUCAGAGGGGAAGUUUCCUCUCUGAAGAACAUCAUUCUGGGUAUGAAGAUGCCGAUGAGUUCCUCUCAGCACAGUCUGCCAGUAUGGACAAGUAUGAUGAUGUCAAGCCCACAAAUGGGCUGACAGAAGAGAUCAAGAUGGUGAAGAAGAACACAGCAGAUAACUAUGAUGAUGUCAUCACUGCUGGACUGAGACCAGAUUAUGAAAAAGAUCACACACUUGAUCGCUAUGAUGAUGUCAUCCCCAUAGAACAGAAUGCUGAUACUAAAGCAGAUGACAUCCAUGAGAGGUAUGAUGAUGUCAUCACCACAGGACAGAACACUUAUCCUAACAUUCAGCUGAAUUAUGAUGAUGUCAUCACAAGUGGACAGAGCUUUAGAAACCUGAUGGACUAUGAUGAUGUGGAGGUGAAGCCAAUCAAACUAGGAGGAACUGAGUGA